UUGAGGACUUUACUGAGUUUACUGACUAUGGAACUUCAUCAAGGCCAGUUUGAGAGCAACUGGAGUCAGUAUUUCUGCCAUCAGCCACCAGUGGAGUUUGACACCGGUUCAAAACUUCAUCUUCUCUGCGAUGAGUUGAAAAACAGCUCUUUGGAGGAAGAGGAAAACUCAGAUCCAUACUCCGGCAUCUGGAUGAACCCUGAGCGAGCAAAAGUCAAGACUUGUAGCACUCAGUCAUAUGCAAUGGACGCUAGAAUAAGACUAGACAACUUAAAGGCAGGAUGUAAAUCAUCACAGCCUUUUCGUGCUGUGAAUGGGAUGCUGUGCAACUAUAAUUGUGAAAAAGACCUCGAGAAGAAAGACGAGCCGGAGCCACAAGAGUCUGCUUUGGAUUUAGUAGAGAUUCUUGAUGUGGAACAGGAUGGGAAGACUGAAGAGAGCUGGUUAUAUGAAUCUCCAAAGAAGCAGGUGUUUGAGGAUCAAGCUGAGUCUGCUCUGACCUGGUGUCGACAAGUGCUGGAUAACCCCAGUCCUGAAGUGGAGGCAGCAUGUCGUCAACUAAUACACAGACUGGAUGAGAGAUCAGGCAGUAACUCCCACAGACGUCCUGCAGUUUUCCAACAUGCUGCUGAUGUCUCAGUGGAUCUGUCACUGGAUAAAACCUUGGACGGCUCAAAUAUCAAUAACUUGAGCCUCUCUGAAGACUUCACAACCACCAGCUACAGAUUGCACAACAUCACAGAUGUCCGCACCAUGGCUCGACUGCAGGAAGCCAGUUUAAGGCAGGACUUUAUUUCCACACCAGCCUCUGCUUCGCCCAAGAGGGACCAUGAGUCACCAGUGAUGUUUCCGUCAUACUCUGACAACCCCUUAGAAAACACUGAUGACUUCACUCCAGGAUGUGGUUCCACCUCUUGUCAGUCUCCAGCAUCAGAAGCAAAACAGGGCUGCCAGACUCCAAGACUGGCCAGACUUCAGGAUCAAGUCACCCAGUUCAAGCUGCUGAAGCUUGCUCAGAAUCAAGGAACAUCAGCAGGCAGGAGCAGGUCACCUCUGCAGACCAGCCUCCGCUCCCUGCAGGCUGUCAGGAACAGUCGGAGUUUAGACAUUGAAUCCCCACCCGUUGACCAAAUUACUCACCCACCAUCAGGUGCAUCGCUCAUCACAAAGGGAUCAAGUUUCUGGUCUCCAUCACUUUCUAGAGCUUCAACAAAAUCCAGUGGCUCAGUGCAGUCUGGAGGAGACCUCUCAGCUCGGAUAAAGAAGCUGCAGAGGUCUCAGUCUGCCAGCCCAUGCAGGAUCCCUCACGCCGCAAAGGGAUACCUGUCAUUUCGUGGACGCGUUUUUGCUUCACCUGAGAGGUCGGCCUCUUUAGCCUGGGGCAGAAAUGUGCCAUCCACUCGAAGGUGAACGUUAAGGUUUCAAGAUGUAAAAUACAGACAGGUGUUAUGAGUAGAUUAUACAAAUAGUUUAAGAUUGUAAGAUUGAGAUUGCAGGAUGUAUUACAACAAACCUCUGACUGAAAUAUCAUGAUUUGAUUGAAUUAGUGUUAGAAAGACAAAGUGUUCAGUUAAACCACACAGUUGUGCUGUUUAUUUGAAAAAGCUUCAUCAUUUUUACUACAGUAGUUUGAUGGGAAAUGCAAAUAGAGAAGACAAUUGUUGUAGUUUAUUCUUGUUGGCAGGGCAGAAAAAGAAAGUUGAGAAAAGCUCAUACUGACCUGUAUGAUGAACAGUGGUAACUGUGGAACUCCUAUAACAUCGAUGUCUGACAUUGCAGUGUUGUUGAGUGAUCAAAUAUUGUGUUUUCAUCUCAAUUCAAGCAGGAAUCUUUUUAAAAAAUACAAUCAAAACAGUACUAUAUCAUAGUAAGAAUCAGAGAUAAUUUCCAACAUGCAAACACAUUGAUUUAACCUGAUUUCAGUUUUGAGUUGCAGUCAGAAUAUGUGCACUGCUGAUUAAACUUUUUUCUGCAGAGUAGUUGCAACAGGAAGUUUGCAUUUUUCUGUCAUGUCAGAGAAAAAGAAACAGGUGACAUUAGCGUAAGAGGAAGCGUGUUACCAGGAAACAGAGGUGUGGGUUUUGGUGCAGCUUCCCCUUCAAAGGUUGCUGUCAUUGUCAUAACGGCUGCUUUCAUUUUUUCUGUUCUUUUUUUUUUAAAAUGACAUGGCUUUAAAAAACAUGCAUUGCAGUUUUACCUGCUUUCAUAGUUUCCGUUUUAUCUGCAAACAAAAAUGAUUGCCCAAGAGCAAUCAUAGUACUUCACAUCAUAUGACCCGAAUAUCACCUUUGUGUGUUUUCAAAGGGGAAACAGACGAGAUAUUUCUGAACAUAAGGUCCGAGUUAGGUUUUAAUGUGUUCUAGAAAGUCACCCCUGAUGAAGUCUUUACACCACAGUGUUGUUUUUGUAGUCUUUCUUGGAUUCAUAGAACAUCCACCAAAAGUCAGUUUCUGCUCAUUUCGACACACUGCAUGCAGCACAACUGAAAUGUUUGAGUGAUGAAGUCACUGUGAAAAAUGCUUGUCAUGAUAAACCAGUUCAGGUGAUGUAAUUUUAAUUCCUACCAGGAAGUGUUACCUUGAUCUUUAUAUAGUAAUUCAUUGUAGUCAGUGGAACACUCUUUCCUUUCAGAUGCAUGUCAUGGUUGCUGAACUGGAGUUUCAGCUUGCACCUAGAGUUCUCUCUACAGUUCAUGAUGUUUAAGACUCCUGAUGAGAUGUUUCCUGUCAUUUUCAUGCUAGUAGACUUUAAGAAAUUUUCUGCAGUUGGUUUUAAGCCUUAGUGGUUUGAUCUCUCAAGAAAAGCACAAGUUAAAGGCAAUGUUUAAAUCCUAGUAAAUCUUUUAUCACAACCUAGUCAUGUUUGACAUCACAGACUUUCAAUCAGUGUAUGUGACUCAACCUGUACCGAAUCUGUAAAAUUGUGCUUCGAUUUAUAAA